UACCACCAAGGUAUCCCUUAUGAUGCAACUAAAAAAAAAUAAAAAAACUGAAGAACGUCAAAUUAUCUGAGCGCGAUAAGAAAAUGAAUGAUACGUAUUUCCAAAGACGCGGUAGUGACAAUGAUAAAGUCUCUAAGCGCGAACGAUUGGUUGUCAAUGUGUCGUGAAAAUGCGAGCGGAUAACAAGGUGUUCUGGUCACAACGUCUUGCCAGUAGCACGGUGAGUAUCGUGCUGCUGAUCAUCGGGCUGUGCAAUGGCUGGUCGUCACCCUACUUGGCAAAACUGUCAAUGUUCGACACUGUCGACGGUAUACCCAAAGCAACUGACGAUGAACUGUCGUGGGUUGCUUCUCUCAUGAACAUGGGUCGAAUAUUCGGAUCUGUCGUCGGUGGUGUUGCUCAGGACACCAUCGGUCGAAAAAUGGGUUUGUUUUUCUCCGGCCUGCCAAUGCUAAGUGGUUGGAUUUGUGUAGCAGUAGCAACAAACGUCAAAUGGUUGUACGCAGCCCGGAUACUCUGUGGUUUUUCAAUGGGUAUCGUGUGGACAACCAUGUCGCAUUAUCUAGCCGAAAUUGCUGAUCCCCAAAUCCGUGGAUCAUUGGUAUUGUGGAAUGCAACCUCGCAACUAGUUGGUGUAUUCGUGGGCAAUCUCAUGGGGCCUUACAUUUCCAUGAAACUGUUUGCCUACAUUAGUAUCUUCGCUACGAUUAUGUUCCUCGUAUUGUUUCCAUUGAUACCCGACUCGCCACAUCGACAUGUGACAAUGGGGAAUCUUGAAAAGGCUGAAGAAUCACUCAAGUGGUUUCGUAGAAAACAGGAUGUGAAGCAAGAACUUAAUGAGAUUAAAGAUUACAUCAGUAAAUCUGACGUGUCGCUUAAAGAGAGAUUCGCUGAGUUCAGACAACGCCAAAGCCUAAGGAAUUUCGGUCUGAUGUUUCUAACGAACGUGUUCAUAUAUUUCGGCGCUUACAACGUGAUCAACAACUACAUGGAAAUAAUCAUAACGGCCAGCAAAGUGACAAUAAUAGCUCCGAGUACUUUAGUAACUAUAAACGGUUUUUUUGCCAUUAUAUCAGGUCUGUUGGCAACAUUUUUAGUCGACCGUUUUGGUCGUCGUUUCCUAAUGAUAACGUCGAGUCUCGGAAUGGCAUUGUCACUUACAAGUCUCGGUAUUCACUUCAUCUUCCUCAAAAAUGAUUCUACUGCGACCCUCAAUUGGUUGCCGUGUAUUUGUUUUCUCAUCUAUACGGUAUCCUAUUCAGCUGGUAUGGGUUGUGUACCCAAUAUAUUAGUUAGCGAACUAUUCCCGCCGAAUCUCAAGUCCUUGGCAAGUCUGAUGUUUAGUGCCACUGCUGCUUUGUUCUCGUCGCUGUCUACCGUCACUUUUCUUCCAUUGCAGAAUCUCGUUGGACCAAGUUAUCUAUAUUUAUUUUACUCGACUGGGAUUUAUACGUCCACUCUGUAUUAUUGGUUUUUCUUGCCCGAAACUAAAGGUCAAAGCUUACAGAGCAUUCAGAUGAAACAGAAGAAGAAAGCUGAAAACUAAUUUUUUUUUGUGACAAUGAAUGACCAAGACGUGAAUAUUUUGCUGUGAUUAUUGACUUUAUCUGCAGUCAUGAUUAUUACUUGUAUUGACGAUACCAUGUGAUA